GUUCGAAGUCUGAUUUCCUUUGUUCGACGAUUCGCCUAUACGUUGAUCUGUCCAAGAAAUAACAAGCCAGUGCCAAAUAGUCCCGAAAACUGGCCAUGACGGUUUCCCCCCUGCCAUUCAUCAUACUGGGUGGGAUUGUCAUCGCUUCAGCAGCUCAAACCGAAUUCGCGCACUAUGUCGCGGCCGAGCUACAUUACGAUCAGCCAUAUUUCUCCUUCUACCUCACACAUUCGACUUUCUCAUUCAUCUUCCCGAUACAUCUUUUAUAUCUUUCUCUCACUGGAUCGGUCCCUGUAAUCGCGUAUCUCUCAUCAUUACGCCAUGUUCUUACUGAGCAACUCGAACUCGCUAGUCCAAUACCGACCACAUCAGCGGGCUACAUAGCUUCUUGGUCCACGAUCUUUCCCAGAUGGUGUCGCAAAGUGAUACUUCUUACGAUUUUGGUCACUGUACCCGCAAUAUCAUGGUUUAUUGCCAUGCAAUAUUCGACGCCAGUAGACAUUACCAGCAUCUAUGCGACAAGUAGUUUUGCGGCUUAUGGGUUCAGUUUGCUCCUACUCAAAGAGCCCUUAAACAAGGUGACAGUGUGGAGUAUCAUUCUAGCAUUCAUGGGAGUUCUAGUCAUCAGCAUAGACGGAAUGGGUGAGGGUGGAGAGGAGGCGGGAAAGAGGGCUCUUGGAGACAGCAUAAUGUUGUUCGGUGCUCUUGCCCUUGGACUCUAUGAAGUGAUCUACAAGUUGGCACUUCCGGAAGGCCAUGGAGGAGUUUCACCAACACCAUCAGAUGACGAUUAUUCCCCGCUACCCUCAUCUAACGCUGCCCAAGUUGCCUCUUCACCGAGCGCUUUCUACCACCGUCAUCAUCGCACAUCAUCCACGCCCGAUAUUCCUCUGGAAUCAUCUUCCCCUGUAGUGGAAGAAUUGCCUCUUCGUCGACAUACGUCUAUUUCUCAACUCAUCAUACCGAAGUCGGGAUCGACUCGACGAAUACACGACCAAGAACCACCCGUACCCUUGCCUCCAGCACUGCAUGCGAACUUUCUCACAAGCUGUAUCGGUAUAGCAACAUUGCUUCUGCUCUGGCCCCCUAUCAUAUGGCUGGACUGGAUGGGAUAUGAAGUAUUCAAGUGGCCUGGAGCAGGCGGCGAAGCUGUGGGGAAAACCUGGUUAUGCCUGGAAGUGGUGGCAUGGGGAGGCUCACUAUACAAUGCCGGUCUCAUGGUCCUAAUAGGUAUAUGGGGUCCUACAACCUCCUCAGUCGCAAAUCUGCUGGCUAUAGGCCUCGUUGCCAUAGUCGACGCAUUGUGGAUAGGCUCACUUCCGGACCUGCAGACAUUUGUGGGCGUGGGAAUGAUUUGCGCUGGCUUUGGUGUCCUGUUAUGGCAAGGCGAAGGAUAGAUUGUACAUGCUUGUCGUCUGCUAUAGUCUUCUUGUGUCUAGAUUGCCUGCAUGCUGUAUUUGUAAGGUUAAGCGUCUGUAGCAUCAAACAAUACCUAUGUCAUUACUGCAAUCAUGAGA